AUGUCUCGCUCUAGGGGCUUCGUCGUAACGAUCCCCUCGAUAAACUUCGAUCACCUGGGCGGCACUGAAAUCAAACUCGACCAGCCUUCCCUCUCGCCCCCUCGUACGUUCGUUAUUGGCGAGAAAAUAUCCGAAGAUUACCAAACGAUGACCCAGGAGGAAUAUGAGCGACAACCGGGGCCUCCGUUUGCCGUAAUUAAGUUCUCUUGUCACAGCCUUCUAGACCCUACUCAGCAGGGCUUCAUGCGGAUCUAUAUGCAGAUCCCUCUUGAUGGUACCUUUUCUAGCGUUCCAGAAGUCCGAGCCCAGCAGGCUGUAAGCCAGUGCACCCACACGGAGCUUAAAGCGCUUGUAUCUCUUGAUCGCGAAAACUGCAUGGCAGUACCGAAAUUGCUUGGCUAUGGGGAAGGGUUGCAAGGUGUCGAAGAAUUUGUACCUGGUGGUUACAUCAACUACGUUGCGUGGGAAGGGGUGCCUGGUGAGCCCGUUGACUACUAUACUUUCUGGAAACGCGACUUUGAAUACCGCCAGUGA